CAUCUACACCCCAGCAUCUUCAUCCACAGCCAUUUACACGCCAGCAUCUUCAUCCACAGCCAUCUGCACGCCAACAUCCUCAUCCACGGCCAUCUACACCCCAGCAUCUUCAUCCACAGCCAUCUACACGCCAGCAUCUUCAUCCACAACCAUUUACACGCCAGCAUCCUCAUCCACAACCAUUUACACCCCAACAUCUUCAUCCACAACCAUUUACACCCCAACAUCUUCAUCCACAGCCAUCUGCACGCCAACAUCCUCAUCCACGGCCAUCUACACCCCAGCAUCUUCAUCCACAGCCAUCUACACGCCAGCAUCUUCAUCCACAACCAUUUACACGCCAGCAUCCUCAUCCACAACCAUUUACACCCCAACAUCUUCAUCCACAGCCAUCUGCACGCCAACAUCCUCAUCCACGGCCAUCUACACCCCAGCAUCUCCAUCCACAGCCAUCUACACGCCAGCAUCUUCAUCCACAGCCAUUUACACGCCAGCAUCUUCAUCCACGACCAUUUACACCCCAGCAUCUUCAUCCACAGCCAUCUGCACGCCAACAUCCUCAUCCACGGCCAGCUACACCCCAGCAUCUUCAUCCACAGCCAUCUACACGCCAGCAUCCUCAUCCACAGCCAUCUACGCCAGCAUCCUCAUCCACAACCAUUUACACCCCAGCAUCUUCAUCCACGACCAUCUACACCCCAGCAUCUUCAUCCACGGCCAUCUGCACACCAACAUCCUCAUCCACGACCAUCUACACCCCAGCAUCUUCAUCCACGGCCAUCUACACGCCAGCGUCUUCAUCCACGGCCAUCUGCACACCAACAUCCUCAUCCAUGACCAUCUACACCCCAGCAUCUUCAUCCACGGCCAUCUACACGCCAGCAUCCUCAUCCACAGCCAUCUACACGCCAGCAUCCUCAUCCACAGCCACAUACACACAGGCAUCAAAGUCCUCAUCCACAGCCAUAAGUCACGUUUCCUCUGCAGAACCAUGUGACUCCCCAGUUGAGCUGGAAGGUUGGGUGCAACUUUGGGAAAAUCCCAAUGGUAUCCCACCAGCUGACCUCUCCUGGGUGAAGGACGACACCGAACGAGGACUCUUUGGCCCCAUUCAGGUGUAUCGUGACAACACCGGAGUAUUGAAGAGGAGUCGAGUACUAAAAUCUGACCGGAUGUGGUUUUACCCUCCAGAACCUCCAGGCUACAUUAGUGGUACUCUGCCAACUCCGCAUAUCUUUUUUCGAAGUCGCGUCUUUGUGUGGCAGCCUGUUGGAGUAUGGAAAUACUUACUGAAGUGUCCUCGGGGUGCAGAAUGUGUGGGUCAAGGAAAGGCUGUGUACCUCUACAAGUCGGGCUACCACACCAGGGUUUGUCACAUUUGCGAUGUAUCCAGCUGGUAUUGUAUGCUGACAGAGGUCCUGUGCUGUGGACAGUGCACCAAAGCAGCCAGGGGUCAUGGCAGUGGCAAGGUGGGGCAUUGGUUGGCAUGGGAUCCUGUUAUCCUGCGCCAACUCAGUGAGGCCCACCAAGCCAUGUUCCCUGCUGUCCUCACAGACACGCGUGGUGUGGACAAAAACGUGGUGUGCCUUCUGCGACACUGGACUGAAGGGAACACCAUGGUGAAGGUGUGGCGACAAAUCCAGGAGAAUCACUUUGAGGAGUAUCUCCACAGGAAAGACCUGUACACCACACUCCUCAUGACUAUUACGAAGCCUGGGGGGAUCGUGUCAGCCUUAGGACACAAGUUUGAGGCUCCACCUCCUCCAAGAGAGCUGCCCUCUGCUCAUCUUCUUCGUCAUGCCUCCCUGCUUGCAGAGGCCAACAACGUACAGGACUACAGGAACCAGAUUCUCUCCACUUUUGGCACAGUGCUAAAAAUGGACUCCACUAAAAAGGUGGUGAAGAAGCUGUCUGGGGAGGGUAAAGACUCAGCUAAGUGGUUUACCAGUAUAGGCAAUGAGAAUUCCCAGAUUGUCUCGUUUGUUCUCACGUGUGUGGAGCCCAUCGAGUGCCUGGAGCCCAUGUGUCGUGGAGUAAUAGACAGGUUCCAGCAGGCCAAUCAACCUGUGCCUAAAAUCCUGUACGUUGACCGUGGGUGUUGCCGUGCACAAGGCCGAGCUGCCGUGGAGACCUUGUUCCUAGAUUGGGUAGAUAAUGGUAUGGUUGUGCGUCUGGACAUAUUUCAUUGGAUCCAUCAUUUUGAUGCGGCCAUUUGCACUCACAGCCAUUCUAAGUAUGCAGUGUUCAAGUCUGCCCUAGUAGGAGCAGUGCUAGCAUACAAUCGCACUGACGUAGAGCUGCUCAUCAAAGCAGUCAAAGCAAAGGACCCAGGAACUUUUAACUCUGUCACUGAUGAAGAUAUGGUGCGACUCUAUGUGUCAAAAGAACAACUGAAGCACCACGUCCGCAGAGUUACACUUGGGGCUCAGGAGACAUUCCGGCUAGUCCAGAUAGCCAUUGAUGAACUCAAAGGUCCUGCUGGGCUAGACGAAAGCGGAGUCAGCCUCUUCAAGAGUCCAGAGGCCAUAGACAAUGUGUGGAAAAGCCAGCAGCGACACUUAGAGUGCAUUCAGGAUCCUCCGGACAUGAAUAUGUACAGAUUGGCUCGAACCACUACCAUCAAUGGCAUCGACGUCCCUUAUUACAAAUGUCUCCGUGGAAGCAACAGCCUGGAGGGAUUCCACAAAGCUUUGCCCAACAUGAUUCCAGGUCCCCACUGUGCAGCACGUCCCUAUCAGGUUUACCUGAUUACCGGAAUUGCUCGCUGGAAUUCAGGCCGCAGUUCUGAUGCUGUGUUCGGUGGCAAAGGUCGACGCCACAGAGCGUACUCGGCUCCUCUGAUUCAGCGCCUCAACACCCGAUGUCAGCAGCUGUUUGGAGAGACUGUAGAGGAGAAUAUCCACGCACCUGCUAAUGUAAUGUCGAAUGAGUUGCUUGGUUUGGAAUACCUCUUCAGCCAAAGCACAGGAGAAUAUGGUCCUUUCUCCCUCAGUGACCUCUCCGAGGAUGGACCCAGUCCAGAGGAAGAGGUGAUCCAGGCUGGCCAUUCUGACCCAGAUGAGGACGAUGAGGCGAACCAGAGUGACCCAGAGGCAGAUAACGACAUAGUGCCUGCCAUCCCAGCCCACAUCACCCUUACUACUGACGAGACCACUGCAGCUCACUCUCCAGCCUUUGAGGAUGUUUGUAGUUCCAACCCGCUUCCUGGCUUCCGACAGCUGGAAAAGUUCUGUUCUCUGCUGGUGGAGAUUAGUCUGACUGAGGACAAGUUGAGCCUAACAACAGAACAGAGGAACAGGCUCAUCGAAGCAUGGAGCGCUGUAGAGGAACACGACAAACAACCACCGAAGUUUCACCAACUCUACAAAACACACUGGGGUAAUGCGCUUUAUUGUCGCACAAAGAGAGACGAUCUUGCACUGGCCCAGCAAGACAUCAGUUCUCAGCACAACAGGCUGAUGUACACACUAGUGAAACUUCUCUGGUUGGGGUCACCGCACAGUACUCCGGCAAGCCCUGAAAAAAACACCAUCGCAAAAGCCUAUGAGAGACUUCAGCAUUGCGUAUUGGUAGAGGAUCCGGUUCUGAGCAAACUGGGUAUACCUUUGCCAAAAAUUGACACCAAAACAGUCUGUGAUUUUAUCCGCCAUCUAGAGAGACUCCUCAACCUGCAGUCGACUAAAUUGCCAUCUGCUACCGUGCUGAAGACCAUGUUAAUCUCUUCAAUAGAGCUACCUCUAGCUCCAUGCCAACCGUCCGUUCUCCCUCCACCUGACUUCCCACAGAUGGAGUUUGAACACAUUUCAAGCAAAGCAGGGACCAAGGUUUUAAAAGGAAGGACAGACACUGCGAUGCCAGUUCAAAAGGCUCUGCUGCCAAAGGAGUCUGUGCCAAUUCCCAACUUACUACUGCCGGUCAAAGUAUCUUGUGUGACUGAAAGAAAAACACCAGUCACUUCCAUCAUCAUCAACCCUCUUGCUAAAAUCGCUUCAUCUGCCACACGAGUGAUCCCAGCUACUUCCACCAACACAACACCAGUGACUACGUCCACCAGCCGAAGUGACACAUCACAGAGUAUUGACAGCCCUUCAGCCUGGGCCAGGGCUACACUGUAUAAACGCAAACAUGCAGGCAAUCUUACAAAUGUUGGAGCCAAGAUGUCACAUGUACAAAAAUUGCCUGUUUGUACACUAUGCAGCCAACCAACUCGGGGACACAAAAAAUACAAGAAGAAGACUUUUUGCCCUGUGAAAAUGAUGUCGACCUCAAAAGGGCUUAACAGCAGAGUCUACACCAGUUAUGAACAUUUUACCUCAGUUGUAGACUCACGGCAGUAAACUUAGUGUUCUUUUUAAAAAAGGAAACAUUACAUUUGAAAGGUUUACAUUGUUUACACUGAAAAGUUUUUUAUCAGUUACUGUAUUUAUAUUCUUAUUUGAUAUGUUCCAUUUUAUGUAACUACAUAGUGAUCUGUUGCAUUGAUAUAAAUAUAAAAAAAUCGAGUUAGCGAUGUCUUUCAAAUGAUUAAAAAAAAAAAAUAUAUAUAUUUCUGUAAUAACAAAUGACUGUGAUUGGUCCACACAGACCAGCUCUGAGAAAAUUAACUUGUCCCAUGUGACAGCCCACUAUAUCGUCGAUCAAGUUCAGUAAGAAUUUCGAAUUGCUGAUGAACUAUUUCUAACUGGGCCGAGUACUUAUUUAACAGGUCAUGAACUGAGAAACCAAAAUUCCCUUGAUCUUUUGACAUAUAAGUGGUCACUGUACUAAAAAAACAUGCUGAGAGUUUCAGAACUCAAAACUUUCUUGUUGGUCUAAAAACAGCUUAUAUUGAAGGCAGUCUUCCAAAACGACAGCUUGUGGAAUGUUCUACUCUAUGAUGUAAUAGUGUGGAUAAGCACCGCCUCCGCAGAAGAUGAUCAACGCCUGCUUCUACAGCACUGCCUGUUUAGCCCCACCUGCCGAUUCCACCCUCAAUACCACGACUGAGGUGAGACCCUUGAGCAAGGCACCGAACCCCAAACUGCUCCCCGGGCACCACAGCAAUAUGGCUUCUCCAGGUGUGUGUUCACUACUGUGUGUGUGCACUUGGAUGGGUUAAAUGCAGAGCACUAAUUCCUAGUAUGGGUCACCAAGUCUCAGUUAGUCUAGCACAGGACAGAAAAUAGUUUAUUACUUCUAAAUUGUUUUUUUGACGUAAAAGUCUUGAUAACAUUAUAAGUCGACUUCAGAGAACAGUACAAAAUAAAAAACAAAGGCAGUUCAUGACCCCUUUAAAAAGUAAUACAGAAAAAGACAAUAAACUAAGACAGUAAACAUUUUAGUAAACAACUAUUUUAGAUUAUUAAAUAGAUUCUAAAUAGUAUGAUCUAUGAAAAAAAGAAUUUGUACUAGACAAUAUAAAAUAUACAAUGCAUGUAUAUUUUGGACUGUACACCACUGGAUGGCACUAUACAACGAGUCUGCUUUUGUGAAAU